AACGACGUUUAUCUGAGGCUGAGAGCAACUUUGUCGCGCCUCUGAGCUUCACUUCCGGAAUUUUUUUAGAUACUUCCAAAUCUAUUUUUCUACAUAUUGUCUGCUGCGUUCUUGGCGCUUCCUUCAGCGCUUGCGACUGGAUUGUGAUCUCUAGAAAAGCACCAUGGCCGACUCGAUGUCAGAUGCGGACAAGAUCCGCAUGAAGCGCCUCGCAAAACUUAGUGCGAGCACGUCCACUCAGCCUUCGUCGUCUUCGUCACAGCUCCAGCAGGAGGCGAACAAUAAUGAUACAGAAAGAAGCGCAGGAGUCUCAACACCUUCACAAAAGGAAGCUGGUUCUUCCACUUUGACUUCUGAGCCUACCUCGCCUGCAAAUCAGGCAGAAAAGCCAGCGGACUCUCCUUCAGCAUCUUCUAAACCUAAGAUCAAUAUCACCAGCCCUCAAGCUAGCGGUAACCCUUUUUCACAAUUAGGACUCUCCCAGUCAAGUGGAGGAACACCUCGUAUCAACAUUACAUCGGUGGACCAAGGAAAAACGACUCCUUUGAAGCGCGAGCAAUCAUCUCAGGCGGGAACGCCUCGAUCGAAAUCCCCCCGGAGUCCUCAAGAGACAUUGGCGGUAUGGGAAGAUAGGACACUUGGCAGCAUCUUCAGGUUGACGCUCGAGGAGAAUUACACUCAAGAUGCACAUGGAAACAAGCUUCACUACGUUCCCGGAGUCAAGAGCGAUCUUGAAGAAGACGGAGGGACCCCUCGGUUUACUACAUCUGCAUUGGAUCAAGCACUGCUUGAAGCAGCGUCGAGCUUGGAGAAUGAGACACCGCUAGACUAUCUUUUGGGAUGCUGGAAAAGGGUUUGCAGACAGUACAGAGCCGUCAAAUCCAACUCUACUUCUGAUCCAAAGUUUCCCAUUGUCAAGGAAGCACGACGGAUAUGCAUGAGUUAUUGCAUCUUUGCUGCAACGAUGCCUGAUAUGUUUGGCCAUGAAGCUACAGCGUCCAACCCUCUCGCAAGCCACUUGCUCCUGGAUCCUGACGAUGACAGAGGCGUCUGCGCGGACUUCUUAGCAGAAGCGGUGAUUCGGUUUGAGGAAGAUGAAUCCAUUAAGGAGCUACUCGUUGGCGCAAUCGAAGAGCUGAGCGCUCGUCUGGCUAAAAAGACAAUGAAUGACGACUAUAAGCCUUAUAUACUUGCCCUGAGAAGUAUUGUUAGAUAUCCAACGCUUGUGGAGGCGAUGACGCAGUCGCCACUUUUCCUUCCAGAGAAUAUCGCGGCUCAGAAUAUCGAAACGCAGACACUGCUUGGGCCAUUUUUCGCCAUCUCUCCCCUGCAAGGUGAUGUAACCACGAGUUACUUUUCCAGCCCCAAGACGCGAGACAAGGGAUAUAUCAUCAACUCGCAGAAGUCUUUGCGCAUGACCCUGCAGACCCACCAAAUGGAGCUACUAGAAAUCGCAAACUACAUUAUUCGAGCCUCCAAGGAUUCCAGAGAGAAGAUUCUAGACUGGUUUGCAUUGACAGUGAAUGCAAACCACAAGCGGCGUGCGAUGCAGGUGGAUCAAGCGGUGGUUUCCUCGGAUGGUUUCAUGAUCAAUGUCACAAUCUGUUUGGAUCAACUCUGCGAGCCGUUUAUGGAUGCAACGUUUUCAAAGAUUGACAGAAUUGACAUUGAUUACCUCCGACGGGCUCCUCGGAUUACAAUUGGUGAUGAAACGAAGCUCAACGCUGAUCAGAAGACUUCGGACGAGUUUUAUGGUCAUAAAGUGGAUGGGGCUUCGAACUUUAUCUCGGAGAUCUUUUUCCUUACUCUCGCUGCUCAUCACUAUGGGACGGAAGCGACGAACCAGAAGCUUAGUCAACUUGAAAAAGAUCUGAAAUGGAUGGAGAAGCAAGUGGAUAAAUUCGAGCUUGAGCGACACAAAUAUGUCACCAACCCGCAACAAUUGAGGGUGUUUGAGACAGCCUUGAAAAAGUACAAGGAUCAAAUCGACAAGGGUCUUUCCUACAAAUAUGCUGCCCAGGGUGUGCUGUUGAAUGAGCUGUCCCAAGCUCGUUCAAUGCAAUUUAUGCGCUAUGUCAUUGUCUGGCUUCUCCGAAUUGUUUCUCCCGGUGUGAACUUCCCCAAGGACACUCUCAGAUUACCUUUAUCGCCCGAUCAAUCGGUUGCAUUCCAAUGUCUUCCCGAGUACUUUCUUGAGGAUGUGGUGGCAAACUUCAAGUUUAUUAUGAGAAAUAUGCCUGAAAUCAUCACUUCGACGCAGAGCGAUGAGCUUGUGAUGCUAUGCAUUACAUUCUUGCAGAGUUCGGAUUAUAUAAAAAAUCCAUACCUCAAGUCUGGCCUCGUCACAAUACUUUUUCAGGGCAUCUGGCCGACCUAUACUCGCUCAAAGGGCGUGUUGGGUGACCUCUUGAAUUCUCUCCCUUUUGCCACCAACCAUUUGCUACACGCGCUGAUGAAGUUCUAUAUUGAGGCCGAGAAUACUGGCACACAUACCCAAUUCUUUGAUAAGUUCAACAUUCGGUAUGAGAUAUUCCAAAUUAUCAAAUGCAUUUGGCCGAAUCCGUUAUACCGGAAUUUACUUGAGCAAGAGGCAAACAAAAAUCUGGAUUUCUUUGUCCGGUUUGUCAAUCUGCUGCUAAACGACGUCACAUUUGUUCUCGAUGAGGCCUUGAAUGGUUUCACAAAGAUACACAAUCUCCAGAAGGAAUUGGAAAGCCCUGUCGCAAUGGAGCCAGCCGUUCGCACAGAAAAGGAAGAGUCUCUUGCGCAGGCACAAGGCCAGGCAAAGUCAUACAUGCAACUUACGAAUGAGACUAUGGAUAUGCUCAAGCUAUUCACGAAAGCGCUUGCGGAGUCGUUUACCAUGCCAGAGAUUGUGCAGCGUUUGGCCGAUAUGCUUGACUUCAACCUGGACGUCAUGGUCGGGCCAAGGAGCAUUAACCUCAAAGUUCGCGAACCGCAACAGUAUGGUUUCAAUCCAAAACUGCUGUUGAGCGCAAUUGUCGACGUCUACCUAAAUCUCAGGGACCGCGAGAACUUUCGCCUUGCCGUCGCGCGAGACGGGCGAUCCUACAAGCCGGAAAACUUUGAAAAGGCGGCCCUUAUCCUGUCCAAAUGGAGCCUCAAAGCUCGAGAAGAGCUCGACUCACUUGCGGCUCUGAGUAAGGUUAUCAGGAAGCUCAAGGAAGAGGACGAGCAGGCGGAAGAAGAUUUGGGCGAGAUUCCAGACGAAUUUCUGGAUCCUCUCAUGUACACGCUCAUGGAAGACCCUGUUAUCCUCCCAAGAUCUCGCAUCUCCCUUGACCGAUCAACCAUCCGCUCGCAUCUCCUCAGCGAUCCCAAUGAUCCAUUCAACCGUACUCCUCUCACCAUGGAGGAUGUCAUUCCUGACACCGAGCUCAAGGCCAAGAUACAAGCUUUCCGCGCAGAGAAGACGGGGAAAAAGGAAUUCACCAAUGCAGCUUCGACUCCUGCCGAGGUCAUGGACACUACUGAGGGAUAGUGCGCUUUUCUCUUUUCUCUUUUUCUCUAUUUUCAUUUCUCCAUUUUUUUUUUUUUUUCAACCUUUAAGCUUUUGU